GCUACUUUUCCUCGCGCCGUCAUUCUGCCCAGGCCGCGUGCUCAGGCGCGCCCCCGCCUGGUCCUUCCCUUACCCCCUCUCCACAACCUAACUCUUGGUUUAAUUGGGCCUUUCGGGAACGCGCUUCGCGCAGCGGGUUUACUUUUCUUCAGGUGGCGGUGGCGAAAAAGUAGCUAAAGAAGGGUGGAUGGGAAGAGUGGUGGGCGCGUUAUGUUUCCGUGACUGGCCGUUAAGGUGUCCCUUCCCUUGGAUAAGGAUUGGCACGCAGAGCAUCGAAGCUGGAGAGCGAGAGACUUGCGCCUGCCCCUUCUCCCACAGAAUAUAAGAUGUCGACUGAAGGGCAGAGAGUUGAUGGUAGUCCAAGUACCAGUGGAGGCAGCUCUGAUGGAGAUCAGCGAGAAAGUAUUCAACAGGAUCAAGAAAGAGAACAAAUUCAACCCAAGAAAAAAGAGGGCAAAAUCUCUAGCAAAACAGCAGCUAAACUUUCAACCAGUGCUAAAAGGAUUCAGAAGGAGCUUGCAGAAAUUACAUUAGACCCUCCUCCAAACUGUAGUGCUGGACCCAAGGGACAAAAUAUUUACGAAUGGAGAUCAACUAUACUUGGACCUCUAGGUUCUGUGUAUGAAGGAGAAGUUUUUUUCCUUGACAUCACCUUCUCUCCAGACUAUCCAUUUAAACCACCAAAGGUUACAUUUCGGACAAGAAUUUAUCAUUGUAAUAUUAACAGUCGAGUGAUUUGCUUGAACAUUUUAAAAGAUAACUGGAGCCCAGCAUUAACAAUAUCCAAAGUCCUUCUUUCUAUUUGUUCACUUCUUACAGACUGCAAUCCUGCUGAUCCCCUGGUUGGAACUAUUGCUACCCAAUAUGACAGAGUGGAGCAUGACAGAACGGCCAGACAGUCGACCAAGAGAUAUGGAACAUAGGAAGCUGCUGAAGAACAUGCUGGACCUGUAUGAGAACAUUCAUUAAGUGCAUCAGUAACCCUCCUGUUUAAUUUUUAUUAAAUUUUGAAAUAUACUUCCCCUUUCUCUUUUAUUACUUUAUUUUAUUUUUCUGCUGAACUUGAAAAGUAUAUCUUUUUAAUACAAAUUUGGAAUUUGGGUUUAAAUGCAAGGAAUGUUGAAUCUGUAUUAAUCUAGAAAGCGGCUCAGAGAGGGGAUAAUUUCACACACAUGUGCACUGUUUGCAUAAAUGCAGCUUCACAUGCUCAUGCACUUGCUUGCCGCUUAUGUGGCCUGGUUCCCAACAGGCCACGGCCUAGCACCAGGCUAGGGGUCGGGGACCCUGGAGUACAGCUUGGUCACAAAACUUUAUAUUAAUGUACUUUUUCUUUUGUGUGUUUGAAAAAGCAAGCGCACUCAGAACUAUAUUAUUUCUAUUUAAAUAUAGUGUUUAGAAGAUUUUUUUAUGGAAGUCUUUAAGGAUGGGUGCAUGUUACUGGGAACAGGUUUUUUUAUCAAAAGCAUAAAAUCAAGAAUCACUGCAUUAUUAAGGCUAUAUUUUAACACAAAGCUACUAGAUUGAACCACAGAUAUGUAUGUUGAUUUAUGUAUAUAAAAGUGCUUAUAAAUUUCUUAGUGAUCUGCCACAUUUGAUUACAGAUUAGUUGAUACACACACUUGUAUUAUUAAACCACUCAAAUAAAAACAUUGUGACUAAUAAUAUGCAGUUCUUGUACGAAAAUACUACUACUUCUUGUAGAGUAGCAUAAAUUGGUCUUGGAUUUAACUAAAGGAUUUUUCAUUUGUUCUUUCUUCUAAGCUACUCAUUUUUGAAAAAGAAAACUCCAGUGUUGUCAUUUGUAAACUCAUUGUAGAAAAUUCUAUCUCAUAAAUUCUUAAAUGUGUACUUUAGGAUUGCUGAUCAUCUUUUCUUACAGUGUUGCUUAAAAAUCUGCAAAUCCCUUAGAAUUUAAUAUUUCUGCAUAAAUAGAUUCUUCUUUCCUAUAAAAGUCUAGAUGAAAACUAGAUAAACUAGAGUUCGCCUAUCAAUUAAACAAAUGAGUCAAAAACAUUAUAUUUGAGGAAAAUAAUCCAAAACUACAUAUUUGUGUGUAGAAAAUGUAUGUGAACCUCUUGGGUUAUCAGUUCAUUUGAAAUGGAAAUUAGAGUCAAUGGGAUGAUAAUCAGGCACGAAUGCAGGACAUUCUACUUUAUUUAAAGAAUAGAAAUUUGAGUAUUCACUGUCAAAGCCUGAUCUCAUUGGAAGAUGUAGGAGUAUAUGUGGCUCAAACAGGGGUGAUUUGUGAGGAUUAAAAAUAAUGGUGGAUAUUGUCCAGGUGGGAAAAAGUUAAAAAAUAUUCCAAAGAAUUUGAACUGUGCCAGUCCACUAUCAGAUAGAUCAUGUACAAAUGGAGGCCAUUCAACACCAUUAUUACCCUGCCCAGGAAUGGUCAACCAACCAAGAUUACAACAAGAGCAAUACAUGUAAUGAUCAGGGGAUCUCAAACAAAUUCAGGAGAAGAAAAUAAGAGGCUCUCUUGCAUUGUCAAAUGUCAAUACCAUCUGUAGAAUACCAAAGUAUAAUAUAUUGUGUGAUUUCAGGGUUGCAAGGAGAAAGAUACUAUCCUACAAAAAAGAACAUUACUGCUUGUCUACAGUUUACAAAAAAACAUGUGGAUAAGGCUAUUAGACAAAUAUUCUGUGGAUGAUGAAACUAAAAUAGAAUAUGAAUGAAAAGCUUGUUUCAUGAAAGCCAAUCUGUAAGAGGAGAAAAGGCAAAACCUGAGGUUGCGUGAAGAGAGGACUUAAUCUAGAAUUGUUACAUCUCCACAAAAGCUCCAAGUCUUAUUUUGACUAGACUUGACUAGAUUCUUGUGUAUACCCUUCUAUUCUUCGCACCCAAUACAAACAGUUCAUUCCUGUAUAAGAGCUUUAUGUCAUAUAUGAAAAGAAGAUGGUGUUUGUAUCAAGGUUUGAGCUUAACUCUGGACUAGGAUGGCUUGCCAUCAUUAAUGGUUCUAUGAAUUCUUAAUUGUACAUAAAUUGUACAGAAAGAUGCCACAUAAAGGAAAGUAACCAGAAAGAUAAAUGUACUCACGAUUUUGUCCAUACACCUAUGCAUUCAUUGAGCAAUCAAGGAAAGAUACGCAUCUCCAAGAAUUCACCUACUCCAAGUAGAUGAAAUCGCACCUAAGUCAUUCAAUGACUUCUUCAGUGCAGACUGUUAUAUUAUAUCCUACAAGUCACAUAUAUGCUAAAUUGUGGGUUAAUUCAAUAGUCAUAAAUCAAUUAUCCCAAAUAGUGGGGUAUGAUUAUUGUAAUAUAAUAAAUGGUGAUGAAAUUCUUCAAUUACAUCCUCCACCCUACUACCAGGAUAGUAACUGCUGAAUAACAUUCAAAUAGAAGAAUGAUAUAAUCUUUAAAUAUUUUGCUUACAUGUAGUAAACUACUGUAUAUUUAGGUUUUCCCUUUACCUUAUGUUUUUAAAGCAACACUUUCCUUUAUAUGACCAGGUUAUGCUAUGCAAUUGUAUAAAAUAAAUAUGACCUAAACCUUACCACCAUGUAUUGUAUAAAUAUAUAUCUGCUCAGAACUGACCAUCAAGCUACUUUUAGAUGUGCUGAACUAGAAGAAGAUAUUUUGCUCUUCCAAGACAGAAUAUGUAUUAUGAUCUGAAUCUGAUCUGCUAAUAUCCAAACUGACAUUGUUUUCUGCAACUUGCCUCACCCAAGAACUGCAAUUGUGUAAAUACUUAUUUGGUAGCAUACUUCAUUGAACUCAGGAAUUUCAAUUUUCCCAAGUCAAAAUGUAUUACACAAACAGCAGAAUUUCAUGUUAAGUAAGAUUUUAGAAAUUGUAAGAAGCAUAUGUGUUUGCUU